AUGGUGGCGAUCCCCCCAGACUCCUGGCAGCCGCCCAACAUAUACUUGGAGACCAGAAUGGGGAUCAUUGUGCUGGAGUUAUACUGGAAGCAUGCUCCGAAGACCUGUAAAAAUCUUGCUGAAUUGGCACGUCGAGGUUACUACAAUGGCACCAAAUUCCACAGGAUCAUCAAAGACUUCAUGAUCCAGGGAGGUGACCCAACAGGGACAGGUCGGGGUGGUGCAUCUAUCUAUGGCAAGCAGUUUGAGGAUGAACUUCAUCCAGACCUGAGAUUCACGGGGGCUGGAAUUCUCACCAUGGCCAAUGCGGAGCCAGACACCAACGGCAGCCAGUUUUUCGCGACCCUAGCCCCCACCCAGUGGCUCGACGGCAAGCACACCAUUUUUGGCCAAGUGUGCCAGGGCAUAGGAAUGGCGAAUCGAGUAGGAAUGGUGGAAACAAACCCCCAGGACCGCCCUAUGGACGAUGUGAAGAUCAUUAAGGCGUACCCUUCUGGGUAG